AUGGUGCAGAAAUCAAUCGUAUUGGGCUUGGCAGUGUUGCUGGUGGCGGUGGUGUGCAUCUUCCUCGGGGUGUUUUUUGGGGUGGAGCGGAGGUCAUCGUCCUCACCAUCAUAUUUCAGCAAAGCAGCUGUGGCUACUGAUUCAGGAACCUGCUCGGAGAUAGGCAGUGAAAUCCUACAGAAAGGUGGCUCAGCAGUGGAUGCCUCGAUAGCCUCUCUGCUCUGUGUGGGGCUGGUGAACGCUCACAGCAUGGGCAUUGGAGGAGGACUCUUCCUCACCAUCUAUGACAGCUCUACAGGAAAGAUGGAGACCAUUGAUGCGAGAGAAACAGCGCCCAUGUUGGCCACUGAAGGCAUGUUUGGAAGUGAUGCACUUCUCGCCCGCAAAGGUGGGUUGUCGAUUGCGGUCCCAGGGGAGAUUCGUGGGUACGGUUUGGCGCACAAGAGGCACGGCAGGCUCCCGUGGAAGGAGCUUUUCACCCCCAGUAUUCGGCUGGCCAGCGAGGGUUUCCCUGUGGGCGGAGCACUAGCACGCGCCAUAGCAAGCAACAAGGACACCAUCCUCAAUGAUACUGCUUUAUGUGAGGUAUUUUGUGACUCAAGCAAAACAGACAUUCUGAAGGAGAAUAACAAAAUUACAUUUCCCAAGCUGGCCAAGACCUAUGAGCAACUGUCUGUCAAUGGAGCAGAGGCUUUCUAUAACGGGACCAUGGCGGAGAACAUCGUAAAUGACAUAAAGGCUGCAGGGGGCAUUAUGACCCUGAAAGACCUGCAGGACUACACCCCCAUCCUGGACGAGCACCCCUUGAAUAUCAGCCUGGGGCCGUACACCAUGGGGGUCCCCAACGCCCCCUCCAGCGGGCCCAUCCUGGGCCUCAUUCUGAACCUCCUCCAAGGUUUUGGGCUCACUGGGGCGAGCGUCUCCUCCCCUGAGCAGAAGGCUCUGACGUACCACCGCAUCACAGAAUCCUUCCGGUUUGCCUACGCCCAGCGGACCAGACUCGGGGACCCUGCUUUCCUGAACAUCACAGAGCUGAUUCGCAACAUAACCUCCGACGAAUUAGCCAAUGAUAUUCGACGCAGGAUUACUGACAACACCACACACCCAACCAGCUACUAUGAAUCUGAAUUCACUCUCCCAGACAACCACGGCACCGCCCACCUGUCCGUUGUUGCCGAGGAUGGGAGCGCUGUGGCCGCCACCAGCACCAUCAACCACUACUUUGGCUCCAAAGUACGAUCACCAUCAACGGGCAUUAUCCUCAACAACGAGAUGGACGACUUCAGCUCCCCAAAUAUUACCAAUUACUUUGAAGUGCCUCCUUCCCCCAACAACUAUAUCCGUCCAGGUAAAAGGCCCAUGUCCUCCAUGUGUCCAGCCAUCCUUUUGGACAAAAGCAACACAGUCAAAAUGGUGGUGGGGGCCGCGGGUGGGACCAGGAUCACCACAGCAACUGCAUUGGUCAUCCUGAAUGCACUGUUCUUCGAGUACGACCUGAAGAGGUCGGUGGCUGAACCCCGGCUGCACAACCAGCUGUACCCGAACGUCACGCUCCUCGAGAAAGGCUUCGACAAGGGUGUGAUGGCUGGUUUGGAGCAGCGUAACCACGCUCUAGAGAUGCGGGACAAGAUCGCGGAUGUGCAGACGGUGAUGCGACAGGGAGACCGGCUCUAUGCGGAAUCGGACCCCAGAAAGGGUGGCUACUCAGCAGGGUACUGAUGAACCUAAAACCUGAACCUGAACUACGACCAGAACCACCCUUUAACCCUCUAUGGCAUGAGAUCACAAACGUGUGAUGAGAACGUUCUCAUGUGAACAUUACGAUGCUGAUGUAACGAUCAACCAUCUAAGAUUCUAAUGCUGAUGUGACAAGCAGAGUUCUGGAACACAGACUCCAAAACAUUCCAAAAAUCCUGGAAGGGUUCUUGUGUUGAAUUCCACGGUGCCUUGGAUGAAAGUGAUCUGGGUGGGGCUUCUUCUAUCUCUCCUCACCUAAUUUUCAUCAAUUAUGAUGAUUAUGCUUAUGAGGAUGUCAUCAUCAAAAGCAUCAUCAUCGCUAGCACUAUCGUCAUCCUCAAUAUAAUUUAAUCACAAGUAUAAUUAUCAUCAUCACUAUUAUCUUCACCUGCAUCAAAAUGAUCAUCGUUAGAAGAGGAAUCGUAAUCUCCAGGAGACUGUAAUUAAUUAUGUGAAAUGCUAUGUCCUGUGGCAUGAUAUA